ACCUUGUCAAAUCUCACCACAGUCAUUUUAAAUGACAUAAGUCCUAACACAAUAUACAUCACACAAACAAACGAGCCGACACACACAGACACAAAAUCUGAAACAGAAGACAUGCAUGAUACUGGCCAGUUUUCUGAUUUCAUAGACAACAUAGAAUCUUUGAAAAAAAAAGAAAGUGAGAUUAAAAAAACUUUAAAAGUUAAAAAUAAUAAGUGGACUUUGAAAAGAGCGUUGCAGAAUAAAAAGCCUAAAUUUAAAGUUAUUGAUAAUGGGAAUAUAUUUAGAAAAGUAAAAUUAAGUUCCGAGGAAUUGAAAAAUUGGUUGGGGAAAGAAAAGCAAAGUGAAUUUUAUAUGUCAUGUGUAUUUAAGUGUGAAAGUUGUGUGCUUGGUUUUAAGGACGAAAAAUGUCUGGCUAAGCAUAUCGACAGAUGCCAUAAUGAGGCAACAGGCCCAUAUGCCUGCGAUAUAUGUUACUCGCGGGCCCCAACCAAACGCUCCCUAGCGGCACACAUACGCAGCCACUACUACACGUUCGAGUGCCGCCUGUGUGCGUUUGUCUGCCACGCGACGCGCCGGCGUGUUCACGCGCGCUCGCAUAAGGUCGUGCUGGAGUGUGUCAAGUGUGGACUUCAGUUUGGUUCCCGGCGAGAAUUCUACCAGCACUACAAGGAGUGGCACGAGAGGUAUAUCUGCGACCACUGUGGCGUCGCCUUCAAGAUGCGGUACUGCAUCAAGGACCAUAUCAGGAAACAACAUUCUGCUUUUGAGUGCAAACUCUGUGAUAAGAAAUUUUCCCGAUACAAUGGAUUAUGGCUACACAAAAAGGUGUGUCACAGUGAGCCGUCGCAAAGCGCGUACUGCGUCGAAUGCGACCGGCAUUACGCGGACGUGUACCGCUACCGCUGGCAUCUCAGCAACAGCGCGCGUCACCGGCCCAGGGCGAAACUACGGAUCCCGUGCCCUGGAUGUGACAAGGUGUUCACGAAGAGAAUCUACAUGAAGGACCACUUCGACCUGGUGCAUUUAAAGAAAUAUAAAUACCGCUGCGAGCAGUGUGAUAAGAAUUUUCUACGUAACGCGGAUCUGGUGCAGCACAGGAAGAGGGUACACGAAGGCAUCCUCCCGCCCAAGAACAAGAUCUGCUACAUGUGCGGACGCGGGUUCACGACGAACAAGAUCCUGCGCAACCACGUGCGCACGCACACAGGCGAGCGUCCGUUCGCGUGCGCGCGCUGCCCCGCCGCGUUUGCGCAGCGCACCGCGCUUCAACAACACAAGCGCAAGAGACACCACGAGUGAUAUUCAAAUACAAUCGAUUUUUUUUUUUAUAUUUUAAGCGG